CAUAAGUCACUUUAUUCAGUGUCAUUGUAACUUUCAAGGGUUACUAAAUGAACUGCUGUACGUUGAGGACUUCCUGUACUAUGUGUACUUAAUCCUGCUUCCAAUAUUUUUCCUCAACCUUCCUUUGAAAUUUCUCUAAUCCCUUCACAACCCACUCUGAAGCCCAUCCUUCAGAAAUGCAGUUAUAACGAUAACUACGUUUGUUCCUGUUUGGGGCAUUAUAUCAAAGUUAGAUAUUUUUAUAAACUCAAAGAGGAUACAAGGACAGAAUUUAAAAUAUGAAUAUAAAUAAAUGAGAAUUCUCCCGUUGGAGGAAGAAAAAGGAUAUCUAUGUGAAACAAUAGACGUUUUGGAAGUAAACCUGCAAACCUGAAAAAAAAAAUAAGAAUUUGUUCUGUUUCUGGGAUGCCUGUGGUUUAAUAUUUCACUAUAACUGAAGGAUAAGUUAUGAAGCUGGUUACUUUGAGCCUGCUGUUUAUUUCUUGUUUUUUGUUCCUAGUUUAUGAUAUUUGGAAAUUUAAAAUGGAACAUAUUUGAGACCAGCAAGGCCAUUCUUGAAGAAAGAAGAACUGUCUCUAUUUGUUAGGGCAGUGAAUGCUUCAACAUUUACUUAGAAGAUAUUUAAGUACAGCAUCUCUCUCCUCAUCACUACAAAUCUGUAAUGUUUUUCUCUUUGAGCCUGAAGUCACAUUAUCAGUACAGGUGGUCCUCAACCUGAGACUGCGAUUGAGCCCUGAAUUACAGUCGUACAUUGUUGCAGUUAAAAAGUCAAAGCAUCAUGUGACUGGACCUAAUUUUUUGAACAUUUUUACAGUAGUUGUUAAGCGAACGCUGUAGUCAUUAAGCGAAUGCUGAAGUCAUUAAGUGAACGCUGAAGGCUCAAAAUAACGCUUUGCAACAUGGCCGCCGGGGAGGUCAUGCCUGAAGUCUGUGCAGAGGCCAAAAGCCACCAAAGGAGUCAGCCACCGGGCCAUCCAGACAUUCCUAAACCCAGUGAAAGGACCAACAGCUGCUUGGGGUCAUGGCUGUACAACUGUUUUUUAGAAACAUCUGGAAAAGAUGUUCAGCGCUCUUCUGCUGCACAAAGAGCGACGUAGAGGACCUUCCUGAGCCUCCUGACAGGACUGACGAGGGACAGAAGCGGCAUGACCAGAAGGGAGAAUGGCAGACACAUCUUUGUGUGUCUGAUGGACACGGGUUUUCCUCCCAAGGGGUUUUGAUGGGUGUUCGUGCCACCGCCCGGAUCCCCAGGAAGGAAGAGGUGGCGCCAGUUCUUAUUUCAAUGAGAAAUGAGAACAUGGCGAAAUGGAGGCCGCGGCUCUUAACAAUCUCGGAGACCUGCACUGAGUUGGAUCCUUUGGAAGAAUGCCAACCAAGGGACGACGUGCAGGAGGAAAGCAGUGCCUGCUUAUCAAGAGAGAAAAAGCAAGAGCACUGGAGGCCGCGACUCCCCCCCAUUUUGGAGACCUGCGUUGAGUCGGACGAAGAAGACCAGCCGGCAGAAGAGGAGCUCUCUCCUACUGAGGAGAAGACGCAGACCUCGGAGGAUUCGAUGGAAGUGCAGGUGGGCUCCGGGAUCAACAGCCUGGAGGAUUUUGACUCCAUUUCUGCCCUCUUGGAUGAGGUGUCUGAGGGAAGCUGGGAGCAGGCUGCAGAGGCUUUGGAGGCCAGCCUUUCGUCCAGUCCGUGGGUAAGAAAGACAAAGUGUUUUCUCUUGGGGAAGGAUAGAGUCCCUCUAUUCAGUUCUCCUAAUCUGAGUGAACUGUGCUGGAGGGCUCUGGGCAGUGGAGCAAGGUGACACCUGGCCCUUGGGACAACAUAUUUAGGCUAACACUCAAGCUCUGUUGCGAUUGGUUGGGUACCGCAAAGCAGCAGGGAAGGGCCCAAUGCAGUGGACUGGUAUCCUAAAUGGAUAUGAACCACCGUGCUUAUCCCUUUCCUUUUUCUGCUUCCUCCUCUCCAGCACCCUGUUGUUUCUGGGCAGGGCAUUAAGGGGCAGAGUAGACAGCCUACAUUUCUGCGGGAAUGGCUGGGUGGGGGUGGGGAUUGCAACAGAAGCAUUGUUCCCGAUGAGGAUCCUGAUUCAAUAGGACCUCUUUUAGGAAUUCUGAGUCUCUUUUCACUGAUGGCUAAAGAG